AUGAUAAUUUGUCCGAUUAAAAUUGAGUCAAAUGAUUGUUUACCUAAAAAAAUAUGUGAAGAAUGUCUCGAUAUAGUGCUUAAAGCCUACAAACUAAGAAAUAUUAGUAGUGACAGUGAAAGAUAUCUGAAGUCAUUAGAGGAAGAGCUACAAGAAGUUUCAAUAGAUGGAUUAAUUGAGCAUAAAUCUGGAGAAAACAUUGAAAAGCAAUCAGAAAAAUUAAAUACUCCACUUGACGAAUGUGAUGAAAACAAUCCAGAAUUUUCAUAUGAAGUGAAAAGCGCUUUAAAUUUUAUAGAAGAUGAUUCGAAGGAUGCUUACAUUGUCUAUGAAGCAUCAUUAGAAAGCGAUUUGAAUGAAGUGGAGAUGGAAGUUAUAGAGGAUGAGAAACAGAAAGAACCUGAAUCUAAUCAUCAAGUCGAUGAAGAAAAUACUACUGAAUUGAUGCCAGGAUACGUUUUCGCCUAUGUCGAUGAUGAAGGAAUCGCCGAAGAAAAUACAAAUUUUAAAUAUAAAGUUCUUUGUCUUGAUAAAGAAAAGAAAUCAUCUGUGUGGAGGUAUUUUGGAUUUCUGAUAGAUGAAAACGGCACAAGUGUUGAGUCAGAAAAGGAUUAUUAUUUCUGUAAGAUCUGCGUGGAACAAAACCAUAGUUUUAAACCGAAAUAUAGAGUUGAUGUAACAGCAACUUCAAAUUUGUUCUCACAUAUGAAACGAUUGCAUAAUAUUAUGAAGAAGGACAUGAUUGAAAUUGAAGAAGAAAAAUUCAAUACGAUUCAACAUGUACAAGACAUAGAAUUUUGUGAUUUAUGUGAGAAAUCUUAUACUGCUCCUAGCUUACAAAUGCACAAGUCUCUUGAACAUGAAAACGGCGAACUUUUACGGAACAGAAAUCAAAAUUUACAAUACAAAGUCAAUUGUUUCAAAGCAUCGAGUAAAAGUUUAGCUUGGGAAUAUUUUGGAGCACUUGAAAAUGAACGUGGCGACACAUUAGAUGAAUAUCAUUUUUACUGUCGUUUAUGUGUCGAAGAAGAAUUUAAAUUAACUCCGAAAUAUACAAAAAAUACCAGCACUUCAAUACUUUUAAUGCAUAUAAAAAAUACUCACAUCCCAAAAUCAGAAGAAAAUGAAAAGCCAAAAUCUCUCAUUCCCAUUAUUUUUCCAAAAAACAAAUGUGAUGACUUUGAAUGUCAUGUUUGUAGUUUGAAGCAUGACUCCAAGAAAUCUUUAACUCGCCACUUGACAAGAGAUCACAGGGAAGACUUGAAAUUGUUUUGUCAAUUUCCUGAUUGUACUUCAUCAUUCGGUACACGUGACAGUCUUUUAAAACAUAUGAAACGCAUUCACUCAGGCGAAAGAUUUCCUUGUCAUCAGUGUCCAAGCAUCCUCUCGACACGAUUGUCACUUCGUCGUCAUAUUGACGCUUGUCAUCUUAAAAAACAACCGUUUGUUUGUGAUGGGUGCGGUGCAAAAUAUACUGAACUUAAAUCACUUAAAAAACAUAUUCAGAAAGUUCAUCUUGGAAUUGAUGAGAAAAGAAUUCCUUGUGAUUUAUGCACUUUACAUUUCCCAAAUUUAUGGUCACUGAGGCGACAUUUGUUGACACAUACCGGAGAAAAACCUCAUAAAUGCCAUUUUUGUUCACAAUCUUACGCAUCAAAGGGCGAUCUCGCUAAACAUUUAACAAAAAUUCAUGACGCUAAAGUUUACGAAUGUGAAUUUUCUGGAUGUUCCCAAGGAUUUCGUCUUAAAAGCGAACUUCGAGACCAUUACAAAAUUCAUUACGAAGUCGAUGAAGACGACGUCGAUGAAAUUAUGAUCAACCCCGACAGUUAUGAAAUAAUAUCAGAAGAAAUUAUUGAUUAA